AAGGUCCAAUUCGAAGGGAGCAAGAGGAGAAGAAAUCCAAGGAGAAAAGGAGAGUGUUUGAGGAGUCGAAAUCGCCGGAAACCGCCACUUUAAGGGAGCUGCCCGUUUCUGCAGAACACGAAAGCCGCCCGGCUUUCGUGAAAGCCGCCCGGCUUUUGCCCAGCAGCUCAGUUUUACACCUUCAAUCGGCCUAGAACGGGGAUUGGUCGAGGGGCUUAGCAAAGGCAACUAUUUCAGCACUCCAUAAGUUUCAGGUAGAACUUGAAGGUUGCUACCGGCGCCCGUUGCUUCGGAGAUAUUCAAAGGAGAAGACGUGAAAUGGAACGUACCGGUAAAGUUACUCGACGGAACCCGACUGGCCAAGCACCGGGAGGAUCCCAACGUGGCAGUCGGGGAGGAUCGAGGGUGUCUAGGAGACAAGGUCGUGCAGGCCACUCGCCGACCGUGAGUGACGGUCAUGUGGAAACUAUAGACGAGCACUAUGAGUCCGAGGAGGAUUCAACUUACCGACCGGGAACUGAGCCGGUUGAGACCCCAUAUGAUGGGGAAUACGAAGAUGCUAGUGACGAGAGCGAUGAUAAUGAAGCUCUCGAACGGAUUGAGGAAUUACUCCGGCAAUACCACCAAGAUCGCCAAAGGCGCCGGGCAAGGCGUGCGUUGGAAGGGGCUUCAAGGAGAGGAAGCCGCGUGACUCCCCGGGAGAUCAUAGGAUCCCGAGGAGGGGGAGGUGCUGAGGUCCCUAUAAUAAGGAUCUCAAAGUACCUCAAGCAGUCAAGAGACUUGGGAUGUAAACCGUUUGAUGGAACGGGGGCCAUCUCCGUGGCAGCUGAGUGGAUCAAAAGAUUCAACGAGGCGGCCCUCGACAUGCAACUACCACCCCACAUGAAGCUGAGAGUAGCCACGAGGCUACUAGAAGGCAUGGCGUCCACGUGGUGGGAUGGAACAAAAGGGAAGUACGGCGAGGCCGUCACUUGGGAGAAUUUCAGACAGGAGUUCUUCAGCCAAUACUACUCCGACUUCGAGGUGAACUUGAAGAGGAGGGAGUAUACGAAUUUGACCCAAGGAGGUGAAUGUACGGUGAAGGAACUUGAGCACAAGUUCAGAAAGCUUGCUGAGUUCAUACCGGAGUACAUUUGUGAUGAAAACCGGAUGGUGAACCAUUUCUGGGAUGCCUUGGACCUUGACAUACGCGAGAGGGCAACACAAUUGCCUAAUAUGACGUUUAGUCAAGUGGUUGAACAAGGCUUAAAGGGGGGAAAAGAGUGGGAGGAAAGAAAACGAAAGAAUGCCGAGGAGGCAAAGAAAAGAAAACGGGAGAACCAUGGCCCUCAAAGUUCCAAUAAGAAGGGGAACCACGGGGGAGGUGGAUCGUUCAAAACCCCUGCACCACCGGUAAGAGGAAAUCAAGGCCCGAGCGGGCAAGGCUCUGUGUCACAAGGCUCAGGCGUAAAGAAGUGCAGCAACUGCAAGAAGAACCACUUUGGCAAGUGCCGCGAUCCCCCGAGAUGCUAUCAAUGCGGGGAGGUCGGGCAUUUGAAGGUGAGUUGCCCACAACUUGGGCGAGCCAUGGGGGCCGGACCGAGUAGUGCAACGACGGUGAGCAGGAAUCGAACCGGAGCACCAAAUGCUAGCGGUGGGCACGGUGGGGCGAGUGCAAGCAACGCGCCAUCCGUAAACCAAGGGAGGACCCAAGCUCGGGUCUAUGCUAUGACGGAGGCGGAUGCUCGUGCCAACCCGGACUCCGUUGCGGGUAAUUCCUUAAACCCACUUAUUAGUCUAUUGUAAAAAAAUUGGAGUGUGGGACUUGUAAAUUUAUAACCCCGACGAGUUUGGUCGGGUUUGAAGGGAAAAAGGGGAGGAGAAUCCUCGCCCUGGGCGGAAACUGCCCGGCUUUGACGAAAGCCGCCCGGCUUUCAUCUUGAUUUAAUUGGGAUAAUACAACGGCAACGAAUGCCGGCUGGCUUCCACCGAGAACCGCCCGGCUUUCGUCAUGAUUAAAUCGAAAAUUUUCUCGCAACCAAAAACCG